AUGAAAGAUUUGGAGCACAGAGUGAUUGAUAUAAUAAGUAUAGAGAAGGCGUGUUGGCUGGUGGAGGGCCGGUCACCACUGCAUGUGAUAACGGCGGCCACAUAUCUGGGCUGGAAGUCACUCAGACCGACCCAAAGAGCGCACUACAAGUUCACUCAAUUCUGCAAAGACUUUGGCAUCCGAUCCACGCUUACAACUGUGGAGAGAGUGAAGGAGCAAAACGACAUAUUUAUUAAACUCGCCAAACACAUCCCGAUUGUCAAGUUCCGGUCCAUUCGAGUCCAUCGAAACAAUGUCGCCCUUUAUGUCAAUGAUAUCAUCCAAUACUCCAAUUCGUUGAUCUUUGACUUAAGACGCGAUGUCUACACAAAGUUAUGUGAAGAGCAAAAAUCGUCGCAAAGAAUGACAAAAGAUGACGAUUAUAGCGAAGACAACGACAAGACAUGGAUGAAUAGUUUUAAGAGGAAAGCCUAUUACGAGACAAAAGGACAGAAUAGGUCUUAUGAAUCGGAGGUCAGAAAGGAAGGGCUGGAGAAUGAAGAGCCCGAAGAGUCUGAGCCCCAUAUCUCUGACGAUGAGAUCGACCGCUAUUUGAGAAGUGAUAAGGAAAUCAAAUUCAUUAAAAAGGCCUAUAAGAGGAUGAAUAAGAGGAUAACACUGUUUGCCCUCAAAUCCAGUCAAUAUAUCCAUCGCUGGAACCGAUCGCCCGCUGACGGCAAGUGUUGGUCACAAGACUGGGACCUAAUGUCUGGCCAAUCGGGUCCGAGACGGGCCAUGAAGGGGACGACAGCCACACAACGACUCAAACAGGACUACAUGCGCAUCAUUAAGGAUCCCGUGCCCUACGUGUCCGCCCAUCCCCUCCACAACAACAUCCUCGAGUGGCAUUACGUGGUUCACGGCCCCGAAGGCACCCCCUAUUCCGGUGGCGUAUAUCACGGAAAGCUACAGUUCCCGUCGGAGUUCCCAUUCAAGCCGCCGGCCAUUUAUAUGUUGACCCCAAACGGGCGCUUCAAAUGUGGCGUCCGAUUGUGUCUC